AUGCCCUCAGACAAACAGCCUGCGUGCCACAGGGGCCCUCGGCCCUCCAACCAGAGGGCCAGGCCCCGGCUGAGCCCGCCCACCGCCCACGCCCUGCGCCGGCAGUUCAAGCUACGGCUACCCCUAGGGCUCCACCGCACGCCCGCAAUUGUUCGAGACUCCCGCGGUUUCAGCCCAGCCGCAGCUCCGCCGCCCCGGCGUCUCUCUGCCACCCUUACUCCCGUCCGGCCUCCAGGAGAGGAUCCUGUAUCCCCAGCCGAACUCCCGGACACGGCUGUGGCCCCGAGGUUCCCGCCCGGAGGCCGGCAGCGGGUCUCCGGCGGCUGCGCCCCCCCCUACCCUGCGGGAGACGCGAGCCGGAGGCGGGGCGGGCUCCGCGGGUCCUGGCAGCUGCGCGCUGCGUCCUCGGAGUUCGGCUCGGCCCGCCUCGCCCGCGCCGCUCUUCGGCGUCCCCGCCCGCUCCGCGGCGGAGAAUGUGUCACCGUAGGCAAUAUGUUUUCAGAGGUUUAUUUUCUAAACACCUCCAAUGACUAUUUCAGUUUUCCACGCUUGCUGUGCAUGCAGGAUGUUGAGGCGGCUGUUACUUCGGCCGGCUUAGCUUUUAGGAAACUAGGACCCACUUCAAACUUACUACGGCAGGAAGCGCGCUCGCGGCCGGGGUCUCGAGAAUUGGAAUAUCCGGGAUUUUACUGUAUUUUAUACUUUUGAGUUAAAAGUUCAGACUGAACUCCUCACUCUGAUCCAAAACAGACAAGAAAAAACUCCCUAAGAAGGCCUUUAUAUGAGGUUGAAUGUGACUCCCCAAAAGAUAUGUCCACCCAGAACUUGUGAAUGUGACCUUAUUUGGAAAAGGGGCUUUUGCAAAUGUAACUAAGGUUCUGGAGAUGAAGUCAUGCCUGAUUUCCUACUAGUCCCUAAAUCCAAUGACAAGUGUCCUCAUAAGAAAAGGAAAAGAUACAUAGGGAGGAGAAGGCAAUGUGAAGACAGAGCCAGAGAUGGAAGUGAUGCAUUUACAAGCCAAAGAAUGCCAAGGAUUGCCAGCAACCACAAGAAACUAGGGGAGAAACAUGGAGCAGAUUCUCCCUCAGUACCUCUGUGAGAAGCCAACCCUACUGACACCUCGAUAUUGGACUUCUGGCUUCCAGAAUGUGAGGGAAUAAUUUUCU